CCCAAUACUGUGCCAAAUGUGAUAAACUGUUAACUAAUAUUGGCUUUGAUUACAACAAACAUGUGAACAAAACAGUUGAUGAUAAUAAGUGUAUGACUAAUAGCUGCUACUAUUGUAGCGAUUGUGAUAUUUAUGAUAGUAAUACCUGUGCUACCGGUGCCGCCACGGCCUGUGUCUCCAACGGCGGCACCGCUCCUGCCGCUCCCGAUGGCCAUACGUGUAGUCAUUAUCAGUGCCAUCGACCGCAACAUCAAUACAAUAAUUUGGAUAAUUUGAGUCAAUAUUCACUUCACAUGGAAAAGGAUUUUAGGUACUACUUCCAGCACCCGUACGCCCGGCUAUUCGUCGCCUAUUUCGUAGUGUUUUGUAAUUUUCUAAUCUUCGCGGAGGACCCGCUCUCGCACUCACUCAUGGAGUGCUCGAUACCGGUGUUGGGGAACGUCAUCUCGUUCGUGGCCACGAAGUACCCGCACGACCCGUACUGGACGGCCGUCAAGGUGGGCCUGUGGUUGACGGCCAUAUUCGUGGGUCUAGUCUUUGGCAAAUACAUUCUCCAUCACAUUAUACUGCGGCGGGUGUUGCGGCUCAAGAUGUUUCGGGAUGAGUGCGGCACCUGGAUGGUCAUGUUCGCCAGUGUAUUCAUCUCGUGCUACUUCUUCUCGUUUAUCUACAACUUUCUGCUCGUCUGGGCCAACCCUAAGGCCGAGGAGCUGCUCAUUAACUCGUAUAUGGGUAUGACGUACGCCUCGUUCAUGAAAGUGGCCGCUUGUGGCACGUGGUGUGGGGACUUCUUCACCGCCUGGAUGAUCACCGAUAUGAUGCUCCAGGACAACCUCUACCCCGGUUGGGCGCAAACGUUGCGGUCGUUUUGGCACAAACACACGACGACCCGGAUAUGUGUCUUCUGGACGGGCGCUCUCGUGAUCGCAGCGCUGGUCAUCACUCUCAUAGUGACCGACAAGAUAUCGUGGGAUAACCUCAACAAAGACUUCAUCGCCAGCACAGAGUUGUCGCGCGCU